AUGGAGUGUGAGUCAUCGGCAUUCUCUCCCCCUGGAGAAGGCAGCCCAAAGCCGCCGGAUGACGGCAUCCAACCGCAACCGCAGCAAAGCUCUUUCAAGGAUAAACUCAUGGGCGGGGCUACUGCUCCACCACCACAGAAGUAUGUUGAUUUGAUUGACAAUGACAUGAUGAAGGUGAUCUAUGUGAAUGAUAAUCCGCAGCUACCAAAAAUAGUAGUGGAGAGGGAAGUGAUUGAAGGUAUGUGCUCACCAUGGAAAGAUGCACUAGUCAUCUCGCUGCUAGGGAAGAGGCUAGGGUACCGAUUGAUGAAGACGAAGCUAACAAGCCUAUGGCGGCUCUCUGGGGAGUUUGACUUAAUGGACGUGGACAAUGGCUUCUAUAUGGUCAAGUUUGAUAGAGAGGAAGAUAAGGAAAAGGUUAUGGGUGGAGGACCAUGGAUGAUUUUCGACCACUACCUAGCGGUGGCCACUUGGAGCCCGGAGUUUAUAUCUCCUGCAGCAAGAGUCAAGAAAACACUUGCCUGGAUUCGUAUCCCGGGAUUGAAUGUGGCGUUUUACAAUGAAAGUUAUCUGAUGUCCGCAGCCCGGGCUAUAGGCAAACCAGUCAGGCUGGAUAGAGGUACACUACGAGCAGAGAGGGGAAGAUUCGCGAGGAUAUGCGUGGAGCUGGACCUGGACAAGCCAGUGGUUGGAAAAAUUUGCUUAGAAGACUACUGGUAUAAUAUUGAAUAUGAAGGCCUUCAUGUGAUCUGCACUAAGUGUGGCUGCUAUGGCCAUAGGUUCAGAGAAUGUACUACUGAGAUAUCGCCGGCUGCAAGCAAGACACAGAACCAGAGCUUUGGAGGAGAGGCGGAGGCUCAGGGGAAGACGGCGGCGGAGAACGGCCAGGUGGGGUCCAUGGACAACCAUAACAUGGAAAUUACGUUAUCAACGGAAGCAGUAACGACAGGAAACAAAAUUGAAGAGGGAGCAUUAAAGAUGCGAUUCUGGUGGAGAAACCAACAAUAA